AUGGCCGCGACAACAUCAGCACAUGGCGCGGACGCAAACACGCUCCAGGCGGAACACGAGGAAGCCAAAGCCGGGCAGCCAGUCGUCAAAGACAUCAUCGGCCCGGCAGUCGCUGCGUCGGUUGUUGCAGAAGAAGCCGGGCAGCAGGUUCAGAUGGAGCGCCAGGUCAAGGAGGCGCCCAAGCGGUCCCUGUGGAUCGCGUGGAUGUACAUGUUUGACUGGUAUCCGUCUCAUUACCCUAAGGAGGAAAGAAAGUUUUUGCGCAAGCUCGAUGCUUUCCUUCUAACUUUUACCUGCAUCGCCUUCUUCCUCAAGUGGCUCGAUCAGUCCAACAUCAACAGCGCUUAUGUCUCGGGCAUGAAGGAGGAACUCGGGUUGUACGGAAAUGAAUACUCCAUGUUUCCCAUGUUCUACAAUCUCGGCUAUGUUAUCUGCCAGAUCCCCGCCAUGUUGUUCUUCUCGAGACCUAAAGUUACUCGUUGGUUUCUACCGAGUUGCGAGGUUGCGUGGAGCAUUCUCACUUUCGCCCAGUCCCAGCUCAAGAGCGCACCACAGAUUUUCGGCACACGCUUCUUGCUGGGAAUUCUGGAGACACCUGUGGCAUCGGGCUGCCUGUUCAUUUUGUCCUCGUGGUACAAGCCGGAAGAGCUAUUCAAGCGCGCCGGCUUGUGGUAUGUAUCCAAUAAUAUUGGAGUCAUGUUUGGCGGCUAUCUGCAAGCUGCCGCCUACACCAACCUCAACGGCGUGCACGGCAUGUCUGGUUGGCGCUGGCUUUUCAUCAUUGAUGGUUCCAUCUCGCUGCCCCUCUCGAUUCUCGGCUUCUUCAUCUUCCCUGGCAUGCCGCAGAGCGGUAGAAUUUGGUGGAUGACUGAGAAAGAGCACGAGCUUGGCCAGCUCCGCAUGCGCGAGGCUGGCGUUGAGGCGCCGAAGAAGAUCACAAAGGCCUUGCUGAGGCGUAUUUUCUGCCGCUGGCACUGGUACAUCGGCGUUCUAGCCUAUGUUCUCUUCCUUUCGGGUGCCUAUCCUCACGGUCAAAUGGCGAUCUGGCUCAAGGAUCUCGCCGACACGCAUGGAACCUACACGAUUCCCCAGAUCAACACAAUUCCCACAGGAGCGCAGGGCGUGUCAGUCGUCGGCACAAUUCUGGCCACGUCGCUGUGCAUGGUAUAUCCAACUUGGAUCAUCUUCAACAUUGUAAUGACCAUGGUUAUGUUUGCCAACGUUUGUAUGAUGGUGUGGUUUAUCCCUCACGACCUCAAGUUUGUCUGCUUUUACCUGUUCGGCAUGACUGCCGCCGUUACACCGAUUCUUGUGCCAUCCGUCAACUGGUGGCUGAAGGACUCGGCCGAGGCGCGUGCCUUCUUUAACGGCAGCAUGAUUACUUUGGGCUUCGCCGUCAACUCCUUCUACCCACUUGUCGCCUUCCCCGUGAUUGAGGCGCCUCGUUGGAAGAAGGGCUACAUCGUCAAUUUUUUCUUCAUUCUUGGGUCGUGGAUGCUGCUUACAAUCGGCUACUUGGUGCACCGGCGCUGGGAGAGGCGACAGAAGAGGGCGGCCGAGGCUGCCCUAGACGAAGAUAACCUGAAGGCUGAGAUGUCGGCGGAUGUGAAGCACAUGGCGUGA